CUGCACUUAUAUAAAUGACGGAGCACAGGCAGGGAUGUUUUGGAGUCACACGAUGGAUGGUUGCUGAACAUGUUGGAUCAGAGUGUGCCUCUGAUUGUCCUCCUACUAACUGUAUCUCCUGCCUUUCACUUGGGGAAUGGUCUUCAGCACAAAAUUGGAUACCUCGACUGGCCAGGGGAUUGCGGUGUCCCACUGUUCUCGCCCAAUGUAGUUGGAAGGAUCGUAUCUGGGAACGAGGCACGUCCACACUCAUGGCCAUGGCAGGUCUCUCUGCAGGUGCGUCCUAGAGGGAGUCGGUCCUAUAGUCACGUCUGUGGUGGGACACUCAUUCACAGUCACUGGAUCCUGACUGCAGCACAUUGCUUUCAAAAAGGGAAUGCAGUGGACACCGCUGACUGGCGUAUUGUCCUUGGGAAACACAACCUGCAUCAUUCAGAACGUAACCAGAAGAUUUAUCGUGUGAAAAAAAUUUACAGACAUGAACACUUCCGCUACCAGCUCCACAGUGAGAUUGAGAAUGACAUUGCCAUGGUCAAGUCAGCGGUGGACAUUUCACAAAGCAGCUACAUCCGAUAUGCUUGCAUGCCCAAGAAGAACAGCCAAUUGCUACCUGGUCAACAGUGUUGGACUACAGGUUGGGGUGCUACCAGAGGACAAAGGGAAAAUGUCACUUUAUCUGAAGUGCUAAACCAAGCCAGACUGCCAAUCAUUGGACAUCAGACCUGCAAAAUGAAGAAGUUCUGGGGGGAUCGAGUGCGUAACACAAUGAUUUGUGCUGGUUUUAAAGAUACAGAAGAACCUCCUGCAGCUUGCCAGGGGGACUCUGGUGGCCCACUUCUCUGUCAGCAUGGCUCGGAUAAGUGGGAGGUUCACGGUGUGGUCAGCUUUGGGCCGACUGGCUGCAUUGUUGAAAAUAAGCCCAGUGUAUUUACCAGAACCACUGCCUACUUCCCCUGGAUUGAGAAAACAAGGAUAUGGGAUUACUUCUUAGACUGAAGAUAAGGCCAAAGAU